AUGUCUUCUCCUUUCCUGACAUCUUACCAUGAAGAAACAAUAGUCACCCAAAUUACCACUAUUUACACCCUACUUCUCAAGCUGAGCUACUUUCCCCCUGAUUGCGUUACUUUCCCACCAGAGGGUGGCCACUUUAUCAACGAAGAGCUAUGCCAUUCGCUCCAUAUCGCCCCUCGGGUAAUCUCCCUGAUGAAAAAGAUGCCGUAUGUGGUGGACGGCUACCAUAAGCCGAUCAUAUGGCAAUCGCGCGCUUUUGAAUACUUGCGCGAUGAAGAGAUCCGCAAUGGCCGUGAUCCUGAAUUAUCAGGCGCGGCCGAUGACGACGAGCUGCGGUUGGACUUUUUGCGACCGUGGGAGGUUGCGCUGACUUGUUGGUUGGAUGAAGGGGUUUCAGUCAUUCUGGAUACCAAAUCAGGUAUAUUUCCACCCCACUCGAUAUAUUUACAGGACAGGAUUAACUCUGAACUAGAUACCAUUCGAGUCAUUGAUGAGUCUGAACCACCGGAAGGUGAUUUCCGGGAAGAAACUGAGGCAUACAAUGCCUCCAACUACCUCCAGAAAAUUAUCGAUGAUAUAAUUCACUUAGAGAUGAUCUAUUUUCCUGGUGGAGAUAUUGGCUAUCUUCAUCCGCCCGGGUCAUGGGAGCAGAUUCAAGUGAAGCGAAUCUUGACCGAGGAUUUCGGCUGGGGGGCUGAGUUUCGGGAGGAGGAUUGGCGACGGGAGGGAGAGGAGAUUUGUAAAGCAAUCGGGGAUGAGGGCUUGGAUAGGGAGGAUUAG